AUGCCGCUCUCGUCACUUCUCCGCAUUUCGUCCUCCCGCCUGGCCCUGACGGCAGCUCAGAGGUCCCGGCGGGCGGCUUCAACGGCGACCGCGAGUGGCUCCAAAUCGCUGGAUUCGAUUCUCAUUGCCAAUCGAGGAGAAAUUGCUUUACGGGUAGGGAGGACCGCGGCCCAGCAUGGGAUCCGGGUGACAACGCUAUACACAGACCCCGAUAGUCGAUCACAGCACGCUCUAAGCUCGCCGUUUGCGUUCAACCUUGGCUCUGUGUCGGCGUAUCUAGAUGGGGAUAGGAUUAUCGAGAUUGCAAAACAAGAGGGAUGUCAAGGGAUACACCCGGGUUAUGGGUUUUCGAAAAAGAUCAUGACCGAUGCGGGGGUACCGUGUGUGCCCGGGUAUCACGGCCAGAACCAAGACCCCGAAUUCCUAGAAGCCGAGGCAGACAAGAUCAAAUAUCCAGUGCUCAUCAAGGCCAUCAAAGGGGGUGGCGGCAAGGGAAUGCGCAUCGCCCAGACAAAGUCGGACUUCCAGGCCCAAUUGCAAUCGGCCAAGUCGGAAGCCAUGAACUCGUUCGGUGACGACCACGUUCUAGUGGAGAAGUACAUCACGACACCACGCCAUAUCGAAGUGCAGGUGUUCGCUGAUAAGCAUGGUAACUCUGUAGCUCUCGGAGAGCGAGACUGCAGUAUUCAACGUCGACACCAGAAAAUCCUCGAGGAGUCUCCCGCUCCGCAUCUGCCUGAUGCCACCAGGAAAGACAUCUGGGCCAAAGCACGGUCUGCUGCAGUGGCCGUAGGCUAUGAGGGGGCGGGGACCGUCGAAUUCAUCUUUGACAACGAAACGGGCGAGUUCUUCUUCAUGGAGAUGAACACCAGACUCCAGGUGGAACAUCCCGUCACGGAGAUGGUCACCGGACAGGAUCUGGUCCACUGGCAGCUGAUGGUAGCCGAGGGCGCCAAGCUGCCGUUAACGCAAGAGGAUGUUGAGAAUUACAUGGCUAGCAGCGGUCAUGCAAUCGAGGCACGAAUCUAUGCGGAGAAUCCGGAUCAAGGGUUCGUCCCGGAUUCGGGUACCCUCCUCCACGUCCGCACACCCCAAGCUAGCGAAGAUGUUCGAAUCGAUGCCGGCUUUGUUCAGGGAGACGAGGUUUCCGCCCACUACGACCCGAUGAUUGCGAAACUCAUCGUACGGGGCAGUACGCGACCUGAAGCAAUCCGCAAGCUCGCUGCCGCGCUGGAAGAGUACGAAGUGGCGGGUCCCAUUACCAACAUCGAAUUCCUCAAAACGAUCUGCCGGAGUCCAGAUUUCAUCGCCGGCAAUGUCGAGACCGGGUAUAUUGAGAAACAUCGCGAGGAGUUGUUUACCCGAGAGGCGAUCGAUCCCGAGGUGCUGGUACAAGCAGCACUAGCAUGUUUACACCAUGACGCCGAACCACUGUCUCGGAAACAGGCUAGCUUCGAGGGAGCAUCGGUCGGAUUUGGGCCUGGGUACCAGUCACGGCAGAUCAGCUUUGCGGACCCCACCGUUGGGGCCAAAAAGGACUCCACCUUCGAUGUUCGCGUCCAACAAACGGGCGAUCAUACGUUUGAUGUCGACGUUGGCGCGCACCACUUCAAGCAGGUAGUGAGCCAUCGCAGCCCGGGCUCGCCGGUAGUCACCUCCUUUUUCCCUCAUACCCGCCUCGACACCACGGUGGUCAGGGACGAGGAUACCGUCUCUGUGUUCCAACGCGGAGCGCACUAUCGCCUGUCAAUCCCGCGGGCGAAGUGGAUGGAGAAGGCAUUGGGUAUGAAGGAUGUGACCAACAGCGUCCUGGCACCGAUGCCGUGCAAGGUGCUGCGCGUUGAAGUUCAAGCAGGAGACGUGGUGGAAAAGGACCAGCCGUUGGUGGUGAUUGAGAGCAUGAAGAUGGAGACGGUGAUUCGCAGCCCACAGAAGGGGACGAUCGCCAAAGUGGUGCAUAAACAAGGAGAUCAAUGCAAAAGCGGCACACCACUUGUCGAGUUCACCGAGGUAGACACCGAGUCUUCGGGGUAGGCACAAAAGCGAAUAUCGAAAUAUAUGCGUGAACAGUAUACAACCCAAGUAAACGGUUACCAUCGGUCAAAUCAGGAAUAGGAAGGCGGGCGUGCCGAGAACUGGGGAAGUGGGUCUUGAAGCGGAGACGAUCACGCCCACGGCUCAAUCAGUGGAUCUAUUUCUAUGGGGAACAUGGAACAUACAGAGGAUCAUUCAGCGUUGCUUAAAUAAUGAAACAUGGAUGACACAUUUCAAAC